AACGUUUUUUUUUUUUUUUUUUUUUUUUUUAAAAGCUAAAUGCUAACUGCUGUUCGGAUGCGACCUGCAAGCUUAUUUACACAAACAUUCAGACGUCUGAACACAUGGAUAGUUGAGGAUUUCAGGCAGCGGGCGUGAGUGGUUUGGUCGCUAUGGCGGUAGAGGCGGACGGCUGCGGGUCGGAGCCCGGCAGGAGGCGCAGGGUUCACGGCAUGCUGAAGCUCUACUACGGCCUGAACGAGGAAGGAAAGGCCGCGGAGCAGCCCGACUCCCUGGAUCCCUGCGACAUCAACGGGCCGCAUUUUGAUCCUGAUCACUACUUGAACAAGCUCCGACAGGAAUGUUCUCUUGCGGAGUUGAUGGACCAGGAGACCUGCAUGGUGAAGCAGAUCCGUGCUCUGGACAGUGACAUGCAGACACUGGUGUAUGAAAACUACAAUAAGUUCAUUUCUGCCACAGAUACCAUCAGAAAGAUGAAGAAUGACUUCAGAAAGAUGGAAGAUGAAAUGGAUUGCCUGUCUGCUAACAUGGCUGCUAUUACAGAGUUCAGCGCUUCAAUCAGCGGCACGCUCCAGGACCAACACACGCAGAUUACAAAGCUCUCAGGCGUCCACACUCUGUUGAGGAAGCUGCAGUUUCUCUUUGAGCUGCCUGCUCGCCUGAAUAAGUGUCUGGAGCUGCAGGCGUAUGCUCAGGCUGUGCGAUGUCAUCGCCGCGCCCGCUGCGUGCUACAGCAGUACAGUCAUUUACCGUCUUUCAAAGGAAUUCAGGACGACUGUCACGUCAUCAUGGACAAACUUGCACAGGAACUCCGGCAGAAAUUCAGGGAUGGUGGAACAAGCGCCAAGGAUCUGUCGGAGUGUGUGGAACUGCUGCUACAGUUGGAUGAACCAGCAGAGGAGCUUUGUGAUAAAUUUCUGACCCAUGCACAAGCUCGACUGGAAUUGAACCUCCAGGGCCUGGAAGCGGAGAUAAAGCCGUAUCCAUCAUCCUCAGCCGUGAAAGAUCUCUCCAGUGAUUCUGCACGAAGGUCGUCAUCUUCUGCAACCACCGGCUCGCCCACUAAUAUCUCUCCUCAAACCACCACGUUACCAUCUCCCACCUCAAAAACCGAUAUCCUGGAAUUCAUUGACAGGGGCUGCAAUGAGUUUGUCAGCAGCUUGUGCUUAGUUAUCACGUCUUAUCAGGAACUUUUUAUCAACCAUGAUCAGACAGGAGAGUUGGUCUCCAAAAAUAUCCCUCAGAUGGCAAACGGCAAGCUGCACGCUUUUGUGGAUGACCUGGCUGCUCGGUAUUUCUCUCUCGUGGAACAGAGGAUACAAGAAGAGAAAGGCGUUGGCGAUAACUCUCUCCUGGUCCGCGCCCUUGACCGUUUCCACCGCAGACUCCAGGCUGUGGCCAAGCUGCUGCCAGGCUCUUCUGUGCCAAACAGAGGCACCGAGAUUGUGAUCCGUGCUGCAACCGAACGGGUCAAACGGUACCUCACUGCUCUGCAGAGCUUCUACAUGGACAGCUUGACUGACGUGAGGCAGGCUCUGGCGACGCCGCGGCUCUCUCUGGCCAGUGCCUCAGUGGCUGGGGGCGGGGCCCUUUUAGGGGGCCCCGCCUCCGGACGAGAUGGUCCUUCCAGCCUUCCCGAGCUGCUCUCCUUCUUGUCGGCAUCUAUUCUCAAUCAGAUUAAGUCCGUGUUGGCUUCAGUGCACCUCUUCACAGCUAAAGAUAUUACAUUCUCCAACAAGCCGUACUUUAGGGGAGAGUUCUGCAGUCAGGGUGUGCGUGAGAGCCUGGUGGUGAGCUUCAUAAAGUUUGUGUGCCAGUCUUCACGUCAGUUUUGCGAGAGCACAGGUGACAAAGGAGGAUCAACCCCUCCAGCCCUUUUGCUGCUGCUCUCUCGUCUCUGUCUGGACUAUGAGACCUCCACCAUCUCCUACAUCCUCACCCUGACGGACGAACAGUUCCUCGUGCAGGACCACAGUCCGGUGACACCUGUCACGACUUUGUGUACAGAAGCCAGGGAGGCUGCACAAAAACUACUCAACCAUUACGUCAAGGUCCAGGGGCUGAUUAUCUCACAGAUGCUGAGAAAGAGCGUAGAAACACGUGACUGGGUUAAUACCAUCGAGCCACGCAAUGUUCGCGCUGUCAUGAAGAGAGUUGUCGAGGACACGACGUCCAUCGACGUGCAGGUUGGUCUUCUAUAUGAAGAAGGUGUGAGGAAAGCACACAGCAGCGACUCCAGCAAGAGGACUUUCUCCGUCUACAGCAGCUCCAGACAACAAGCUCGAUACGCUGCCAGCUACACUCCGAGUGCUCCCAUGGAUACCAAUCUGCUGAGCAACAUUCAUAAGCUGUUUUCUGAGCGGAUCGAUAUCUUCAGCUCGGUGGAGUUCAAUAAAGUCUCCGUGAUGACAGGAAUCAUCAAAAUCAGCUUGAAGACGUUCCUGGAGUGUGUACGGCUGCGCACGUUUGGCCGUUAUGGGCUGCAGCAGAUCCAGGUUGACUGCCACUACCUGCAGAUGUACCUGUGGAGGUUUGUCUCAGAUGAGAACCUUGUGCAUUUCCUGCUGGAUGAGAUAGUGGGCAGCUCCGCCCAUCGUUGCCUGGACCCCGCCCCGAUGGAGCAGAGCGUGAUUGAAGUCAUCUGUGAACGAGGUUAAGGCUCAAAGUGGAAAACGCUGUCUCGUAUGAAGACUCUCUAACGUCUGAUAAGGAAAACUGUUACUGAAUGUCUAAAUGUGACUUUGUUUGAUCUUCAGCUUAUAAAACAUUAUUGGCCGUAGCGCUACUACAGAAAUAAUAAUAGCAACUUAGGUAAAUUCAAAAUGGGCAAAAAUAAAUUGAGUUUUCAGACCGACUUAUUAAGAAAUUCUGAAUAUCUCAGAGGACUUGAGAGAUUGUCUUGUGGGCCACAUGUACUAUUCAUGCAAGUAGCAUAUUGUGUCAGUCAUCUUCUCGUGCCUGUCUUAAAAAAAAGGUACAUUAUUUAUGAUGUUAACAAACCUUUAUGAAAAUCUAGUUCUUGACAGAAAAGUAUUGCCUUGUGAAACUCUCGUGUAUAAAUGCAUUUUUUUUAUUGUCGGUAUGUAAUUUGCAACUUGAUUACAUGAUUGAGAGAAUAUAGAUUAAUUCCGAUUUACCCUUUAAACAUACAAAAAUUGGAAGUAUGGCACAGUUUUGUUCAGAGUGUACUGUGAUUCAGGCUUCAGUUCUCCAGGCUUUCAGAGUUCCUGCUUGGGCCCAUUGUUUUGGUGAAAGUGUCAGACUUGCAGAGAGAAUCACUUACCUCGAGUUCUCAGCUUUUGAGAUUGAGAGACACCUGCAGUCAUGAGGUUGCUUGGCAACUACAAAACCUUUGCCAGAGAAUGAAGGUCAUGGUGCUUCUUGUCUUACUGUGUGAUUGUGAGGUUUAAGUGCUACCCACUGACCGAAAGUGGCAACGGGAUGUCUGAUCCCAGGUUUCUUCAGAGGAUCCUUGGUACCACUGGAAUGACUUUGUGUCAAAUGAAGGGUUAAUUGUGGAGAUAUGAGGGAGCAUUGGCGAUGACAUUUUGGCCAUUCAGCACAUGAGAACCUCAGUUGAUGACCCAAGCAACUAGAAAAGUCCAGGGGGACUAUUUCAGCACUCUUUGGCAAAAGGCGGGGUCACGCUGAACAGGUCUGGCAUAUACAGGUGAACCCUGUUAACUCGCGUAUGCCUAACUCCCAUUUUGGCUUUAUUCACCGUCAAUUUGUGGACCCGAAAAUUGAGACUACUGUUUAAAGACUACUGUAUGUUUUGGAUGACCUCAUUUACUCACGGUUUCCGAUAAAUCGCGGUUCAGUUUUGUGGACCCCAGCUUGUGUGAGUUAACAAGGUUCACCUGCAUAGAGAAGCAUAUUCACACUCUCCUCCAGUCAGAGUCACCAAUUCACCCAACCUGGAUAUCUUAGAAGCCCCCAGAGAGAACCCACUCAGAAAUGGGGAGAACAUGCAAACUCCACAUAAACAGGACCAGGUGGGAAGAGAACCUGAAACCUUCUGACUUUGAGACGGCAGUGCUAACACUAAGUCACUGUGCUGCUGAGCUAUCAUUAUUAUUGUUAGCACAGUGACAGAAAAUUGUUGCUUAAUUUUAAACCAAGGAGGGAAGUAAGAAAAAGUUUUCCUUGACCUGUACGAGUAAAUGGUCAAAAUUCAGUGUUCAAAGAGGUCAUGGUAUAAGCCU